GCCUCCCGCGGGGUCCUAGCGCCGGCCCUUUACUUGCAGGGUCCGGGGUCUGUGUGAGAGCGGCUAAUCCCGGCGCCGCGGAGUCUGUCCAGAUCGACUCAGAUGAGAACACUAAGGUCCUGAGGUAUACAAUAAAUUGCACAAGGUCACAUCGGCUGGGAAGUGAUGGAGGCAAGAUUUGAACCUGGGAAGUUUGGCUUCAAGACUGUGCACUUAACCACAGUGCUGUACUGUUGCUCUGGGCCUCAGUUCUUUUAUCUGUGAAAAGAACUUUUCUCAUCAUGUUGACAUGAAGUGUGAUGGCUUAGAAACCCCCAACCACCAAGGUGUACAGAGAAGACAGGCCUGAAGCAACUGUUGAUUUCACUGAGCCCUCACAGUGAGUCAUCCACAGGCCGGCAGUGCGGCCUCCUUGCCUCUGGGCACACCUGGCUCCUCUCCCCACUGCCGGCGGCUCCCCCAGCUGCAGCUGCUGCUGUCCCUAGAAGCCCCACCCACCGAGGCCAUGGAGGUGGAGGCCACGGAGGCUGGGUCCCCAACCCCCGGGUACAAGCGCUGUGGCCGUCGCUAUAAGUGCCUGUCCUGCACCAAGACAUUUCCAAAUGCUCCCAGGGCUGCGCGCCACGCGGCCACGCAUGUGCCUGCAGACUGUACAGAGGAGGUGGCUGAAGCAAAGCCAAAGCAGGACACUGAAGCCACAGGGGAAGAAGCCAGUGAGGGUAAAGGGUCAGGCUCAGCGGUGAAGCCUCGGCCCUAUGCGUGCCCGCUGUGCCCUAAGGCCUACAAGACAGCACCCGAGCUCCGCAGCCACGGGCGCAGCCACACAGGCGAGAAGCCCUUCCCGUGUCCCGAGUGUGGCCGCCGCUUCAUGCAGCCCGUGUGUCUGCGCGUGCACUUGGCCUCGCACGCGGGUGAGCUGCCCUUCCGGUGCGCGCACUGCCCCAAGGCCUAUGGCGCGCUGUCCAAGCUGAAGAUCCACCAGCGCGGCCACACGGGCGAGCGGCCCUAUGCCUGCACCGACUGCGGUAAGAGCUUCGCGGACCCCUCGGUGUUUCGCAAGCACCGGCGCACGCAUGCGGGCCUGCGGCCCUACGGCUGUGAGCGCUGUGGCAAGGCGUAUGCGGAGCUCAAGGACCUGCGGAACCAUGAGCGGUCCCACACUGGGGAGCGCCCCUUCCUCUGCUCCGAUUGCGGAAAGAGCUUCUCCCGCUCCUCCUCCCUCACCUGCCACCAGCGCAUCCACGCGGCCCAGAAGCCCUACCGCUGCCCGGCCUGUGGCAAGGGCUUCACACAGCUCAGCUCCUACCAGAGCCACGAGCGCACGCACUCCGGGGAGAAGCCCUUCCUUUGCCCGCGCUGCGGCCGCAUGUUCUCUGACCCUUCCAGCUUCCGGCGCCACCAGCGCGCGCACGAGGGCGUGAAGCCCUACCGCUGUGACAAGUGCGGCAAGGACUUCCGGCAGCCAGCAGACCUGGCCAUGCACCGGCGCGUUCACACAGGCGACCGGCCCUUCAAGUGCCUGCAGUGCGACAAGACGUUCGUGGCCUCCUGGGACCUCAAGCGGCACGCCCUGGUGCACUCAGGCCAGCGGCCCUUCCGCUGCGAGGAGUGUGGGCGCGCCUUCGCCGAGCGCGCCAGCCUGACCAAGCACAGCCGCGUGCACUCAGGCGAGCGCCCGUUCCACUGCGGCGCCUGCGGGAAGUCUUUCGUGGUGUCGUCCAGCCUCCGGAAGCACGAGCGGACGCACCGGAGCAGUGAGGCUGCCCCGCCAGAGCUGGUGGUCGGGCUGGCCCUGCCCGUCGGUGUGACAGGUGAGGGCCAGGCCGCCCCAGGUACAGCCACAGGCCUCGGGGACCCUCCAGCAGGGCUGCUGGGGCUGUCCCCUGACUCCAGCGCCGUGAUGGCCACACAGUGGCAGGUGGUGGGGAUGACGGUGGAGCACGUGGAGUGCCAGGGGCCAGCCGUCGGGGAGUCUCCAGGUCCCUUGGACCUGGCCGGGGUUGAGGAGACCGAUGAGAAGCCACCACAGUUUACUUGUCGCGAGUGUAAAGAGACCUUCCCCACACAGACCUUGCUGCGGCGGCACGAGCGCACGCACCCUGAGCUCCGGCCCUUCCCCUGUACGCAGUGUGGCAAGAGUUUCUCAGAUAGGGCUGGGCUGCGCAAACACAGCCGCACGCACAGCUCCGUGCGCCCCCACGCCUGUCCCCACUGCCCCAAGGCUUUCUUAAGUGCCAGCGACCUGCGCAAGCAUGAGCGCACGCACCCUGUGCCGGUAGGCACCCCCAUCCCUCUGGAGCCGCUUGUGGCUUUGCUAGGAAUGCCUGAGGAGGGACCAGCCUGAGCCCUGGCCCCCUGGCCACACUCCCUCCUGGAGUGCCCUGCCCCCACCCCCCAAAGUCUAGAUUCUAGAUCCCUGCCCUGAGCAACUGGCUCACCUGCCAAACUAAGGGUGGUGGGGACAGCAGAAGCUGGCAGCAGCUGAGAGAGACCGGGUUCUCCCAUGCUCAUUAAAGCGUUCACUUUGACACCAGACUAUAUUCUGUGUUCUGGCUGGGGGUGAGUGGGUGGAAGCUGGGGGUCAGAGAGGCUCAGUGAAGACCCCCAGGUCGCAGGGUCUUUAGGUGUGUUGUUUCCCAGAGUUUUGGGGUAUCAUUUGACAAAGGAAUCCAUGGCCAGGUUAGGUACAGAGAAUUCUCUAGCCUCUUGGAAAUUUUUGUUAAAAGCAUCAA